CUCAGAACAACGAAGAAAGAACUGAAACCUUCAACAACAGUUUACACUAAGGUGAUAUCCUACCUUGCAAAGCAUUGAGUUAUAGUUGGGCGGCCGCAUUCGUGCAAUCCGGUGUGACUGCUGAUACCGACGACCUGCUGUUUAAGGGCCUCAUUUCCUACUAGGUGCCCUGGUUAUACCUCUCGACAUAUUCAAGUCGCAAGCCCAUCAUGGCGCGACUCGUUCUCGACCCAAUGGGGGUGCUUAGUGCUUGGGAGAAGAUGGGCGGCAGUGCUUUCGCCUCCGACGACGCGCAUCUUGACGAUCCCACAUCCUUCACUCUCGACCUGAGCAACUGGGAGUCAAGCUUUAAACCCCUCGCCGCCUCAAGUGCCGCCUCCCGCAUCGACACCAACAUCUUCACCUCCCUCUUCACCCCCGCCGAGAUGAGCCUGGGCGGCUUCCUGCCCGGCUGCUGCAACCCGGCCCCCCUCACCUGCGAGAGCUCACCCCAAGUCGUCCCCAUCUGCUCCUCCGCCUCCCUGCCCGCGCCUUCCGAGGACUGCCUGCAGCUCCAACUCUCCCCCGCUGACGCCGCCGCCGUGCUUGACGACGACUACUCUCUGCUGGGCCAGGCGGCCGCCUGCAGCCCCUUCGACACGCCGGAAGACAUCAUGGCCCUGCAGUUCCCCGCCGACUGGGAGGUAACCCCGGACGACGUGGCCGCCCUCGCCUCCCCCUCUCACAGCGGCGAGGCGGGUGUGGUGCCCGUGCUAGGCAGCGCUGCAAGCCUGCUACCCGCUGAGCCCUGCUGCACCUCCGCGGAGACCAAUGCCGGCGGCGCCCUGACGCGCCUGGCUACCGGCUCCGCUGCUUCUGCGCUGCCCCCCUCCUUCUUCGUGCCGGUGUGCGGAAGGGCGGAGGGCCUGGCAUGCGGCCUGCAGUCAAUCAAGCAAGAGCCCUCUUCCGACUCUGAGCCCGAGCCGCCCUUCCCAAGCAGCACACCCGCCUCCGAGGCUGCAUACGACAUAAAAGAGGAGACGCCGGCGGAGGCGCCCGCACACCUCGGACCGCCCCUUCCUCCCUCCCACUCGCUUCCCGCCCGCCAACCCUCAACGCUGCUCAAGGCGCAUCAGACACGCUCACAAGCCGCAACGGGCGCGCCCGCCUCCGCCGCCGCCGUCACCACCACUGCCGCCGCCGCCGCUCCUGCUCCGCCUGCCUCCCCCUCCUCCCUGCCCUCCGGAUCUGUCUCUGGAUCCGCCGUACACAUUCGCACGCGCGCCGAGUGCCUUGAGCGCUACCGCCAGAAGAAGGCGCGGCGCAUGUUUACCAAGAAGAUCCGCUACCAGCUGCGCAAGAUCAACGCUGACAAGCGGCCGCGCAUCAAGGGCCGAUUCGUAAAGAAGGAGGAGCUCGCCGAGUUCCUGGCGGCCCAGCGUGCCGGCGGCUGCGGGGCGGGCGGCGAGGGCUGCGACGACGGCUACCCCUUUCUGGGUGCUGACAUGAUGGACAGCGACGACGAGUGAAGGAAGGGAGGCAGAGGAGGAGGAGGUGCUUACGGAACCGAGGCAGCAGAGGCACUGCCAGGCCGGGCUGCCGGGCUGCUGCCUCGCCUCGCCUCGCCUGGACUCCGCGAAGUCCACUUCACCCACCUCAAGUCGACACGAGGCAGCACCUGGUAGGCCCUCAGACGGCCGCUGCGCCGCCUGCUGCGUCUGACACCGGGGCUGCUGCUCAAGAUUGGCGGGCUUGUACAUGGA